AAAAUUUUAGUUUUAGUGGUUUCUGAAACGGUUUACAAAAAAUGCAGUAUUUGAACAGGAAGAACCUCCCUUGUACAUUUACAAUGUAUUGGUACAGUUGUGUGAUACAUGACAUGGCAGAAUAUAGAGCAAGCCUAGUUAGGAUUUUAUUGCCAGAGUAGAAUUGGACGGGAAUGAAAUUAUGAGAUUGUGGUGUUUUGAAAAAGAGUGGUUUGAACUAGAUGACAUGGCUACAGAAGACACUACCCGACUGAUCACGGAUGGGGCCAGUCAAGGCUAUAAUAGUACAGAAGAGACAGACAUCUCCCAAACACCCUUCAGGGAUACUGACGAUGAGGAGUUGCUAGAUGUGACUGACAUCCCAACAACAUCGUCUUUUAGGACAUCUCCCAGGCAUUCGAUAGGAAGGUCGAACAAUAACGGAGAUGCCUUGGACAAGAUAUCUGCAGAGAUCAGCCAGUAUGAUGAUUUCCACACCAUUGACUGGGUACGUGACAUUGCCCGCUACCGUAAAGAACGUAAAGACCUCAAGAAGAACAGAAAGGAUUCCUGCUGGGGCACCGUGAAGGAUAUGGGUUUCAGUGUGUCAGGUUGGACUAUCGUCCUAUUCGUGGGCUUAGCUACAGGAGCUUGUGCUGGUGUUGUUGACAUUGGUACCAGUUGGAUGAGUGACCUAAAGCUUGGUGUCUGCAAGAAUGCUUUCUGGCUCAACCAGGAGGGAUGCUGCUGGAUCCGCAACACCACCAUGUUUGACUCCUACAACUGCUCCGAGUGGGUCACAUGGUCAGCGCUCUUCAACCACAAGGCAACCGAUGAUAUCUUGGCAUAUAUCAUUAGUUAUCUGAUGUUUGUCAUGUGGUGUGUUGGGCUUGCUGCCAUCACAGUCCUGUUGGUGCGCAUGUUUGCACCAUACGCUUGUGGAUCAGGAAUACCAGAGAUUAAAACCAUAUUGAGUGGUUUCAUCAUGCGGGGCUAUCUUGGCAAGUGGACAUUGUUGAUCAAGACACUGACCAUGAUGAUGGCCGUAGGGGCUGGUCUGAGCCUGGGUAAAGAAGGACCAUUAGUACAUGUUGCUUGCUGCUGUGGAAACAUCUUCACAUACUUCUUCCCAAAGUACCACAAGAAUGAGGCUAAAAAAAGAGAGGUGUUAUCGGCAGCUGCUGCAGCGGGUGUCUCAGUGGCGUUUGGUGCACCUAUAGGGGGCGUCCUAUUCAGCUUAGAGGAGGUAAGCUACUACUUCCCAUUGAAGACACUAUGGCGGUCAUUCUUCUGUGCUCUUGUGGCUGCCUUUGUCCUUCGUAGUAUUAACCCCUUUGGUUCUGACCAUCUGGUCAUGUUCUAUGUGGAGUAUGAUCUACCUUGGUCACUCUAUGAGCUAUUCUUCUUCAUUGUCCUGGGAAUCUUUGGAGGUCUCUAUGGUGCAUUCUUCAACAAAUUAAAUCUGAAGUGGUGCAAAUUUAGGAAGAAUUCAAAAUUAAAGCAAUAUCCGGUCACAGAGGUGAUAUUACUAGCAUUGAUCACAGCUGUCGUCAGCUUUCCCAAUCAGUACACAAGAAUGAACACAAGCAAGCUUAUCUCACUACUCUUCUCUGAAUGUGGACCAGAAGAUGAUAAUCUACUAUGUGAUUAUCAAAGGAACUACACCCGUAUUGACAAGUCUGUCUACCCCACAGCUGCAGCAGGCCCUGGUAUCUUCAAUGCUCUUUGGCUCCUUGCUCUAGCGCUGGCAUUCAAAGCAAUCAUCACAAUCUUCACAUUUGGUAUCAAGGUUCCAGCCGGUUUAUUCAUCCCCAGUAUGGCUGUUGGAGCUAUCGCAGGGAGAAUCUUGGGUGUCCUGGUUGAACAGAUUGCAUAUAAAAACCCAGACUGGUAUAUCUUCCACGAGUGUAAGUUCAUUGGGAAGUGCAUCACUCCAGGACUAUAUGCCAUGGUGGGUGCAGCAGCUACUCUGGGUGGAGUCACUAGGAUGACAGUAUCUCUGGUGGUGAUCAUGUUUGAACUGACCGGUGGUCUGGUGUACAUUGUACCGCUGAUGGUAGCUGUCAUGGUCAGCAAGUGGGUUGGUGACGCCUUCUGCAAAGAAGGAAUAUAUGAUGGUCAUAUCCAUUUAAAUGGUUAUCCUUUCUUAGACAGUAAAAGGGAUUUUAUGCAUACAUCACUAGCUAUAGAUGUUAUGAAACCUCAGAGAGGAGAUCCACCACUUGCAGCUAUCACUCAGGAUGCCAUGACAGUGGAAGAUCUAGAAUUCCUGACGGCCGACUGUCCAUUCAAUUCAUACCCUGUUAUCGUCUCCAAACAAUCACAGAGAUUGGCGGGACUUGUGUAUAGAAGAGAAUUAGUCUACGCAUUGAGACAAGCAAGAAAGAAAGGAGAAGGCGUAGUCAGCCAAUCUACAGUAUACUUCACUCAUUCUAUGCCAAAAUUUACAACCCCUGAUAGACCAGCUGGUUUGACUAUGUCACAUAUACUUAAUCAGUGUCCAUCUCAGAUCACAGAUCAAACCCCAAUGAGUACUGUGGUAGACAUGUUUAGAAAACUUGGUCUCAGACAAACAUUGGUUACACACAAUGGGCGGUUGUUAGGUAUCAUCACCAAGAAAGAUGUUUUGAGGCAUAUUGCUUCACUGGAUGAACAGGAUCCACUUUCUGUCAUGUUUCACUAGCUCUACCGAUACCAUGCUCAAUUAUGUGCAAGAUGAUUGAGUCAAAGGGGAAUUUUAUUUUUCUGGGUAUCAUCACCAGAAAUUGCAUCUUAAGUAUUGUAUCUCUGGAUCAACAAGAUCUUCAUUCUGCUCUGAUCGACUUUGUCUAGCGAUGCUUCAACUGUCACAUAACAUAUGUUUUAUCACUGAGAAGGACAUUCUAAAAUCCAUUGCAUAUAUCUCUAAAUAAACAUAAUCAGCUUUCUGUCACUUUGCAUCACGUGUUUUGAUGUCUGUUAGCUUUGUGCAAAUUUGUUACAUUAGAGGGUAUUUCAUGACCACCUUGCGAAGUAAAUCCCUACUGUAUGUAUUUUAUAUCAGAUCAUUGAUUGAAGUAAUGGGGGAUAUCUUUCAGACUAAUCAGUCCAUAAAAUAUUUGUAUGCAUAAUUUAAUAGUGUGCAAAUUCACUAAAUGGAGAGAUGCUUGGUUUCACAUUAAUUUGCUUGCAGGGGAAAUCUGUACCUCAUUCAAUGUGUGCAAUGCCACCAAGAUAUAAGUUUAAUUCUUGUUCUCAACCAUCUACUCUUUUAUCAGACUUAUGCAAUCUUUGUGAAAAUAGAACCAUGCUUUGAAACAAUUAAUGCAAUGUUUGUGAGACACAAGUGCAUUCAUAUAUUGACUGCAUCAUGAUUAGUGGUCUCGUCUAUGUGCAAUGAACAGUUGUUAUAUUACCAGAAUUUUUGUAGGAAUGAAGAAAUUUCUGUCCAAGUGCAUGGUCUGAAAUGGAUCUGAGACAGGAACAGCUUGCUUUGCCUUGUUUCUGGCUAUCAGAAUUAUUGAAUUAAAAUCUAGUAUUAUCGUAGCAGAAUUGUCAAAGUGCUACAUAUUAACAGUAGUGUGUCUUUAUGAACAAGUCUAGAUUUAAACCAGGCUGUUCCGAACAUUUGAACCAAUCCGGUGAGCAUUACAAGUACCUCUGUAACAGUUGGUAUGUUUGUGUCAGGCCAAUGUAUACAGUCUCAUCUGUAGGUUUCACAUCAAUGCACUAUCUGUAAAUUUCAGUUGGUUCGAACAUCAGAUAUGUAAACAUUGUAGAUGAUAUAUGUGAACAUUUCAUUUUAUUAUGAAUCCAUGUAUUGUAUCACCAUGAAAGUAAAAACCUGGAAUAUUUCAGGAGGUAUACUGUGUAAGAUUCAAUACUUAGCAACUUUUAACUAGUUUAUGCGAUGCAUUCCAACUCCAAACCUUGAAUUCUGGUAGUACUUACAAGUUGAUCUCAAUCAUUUAUUAUUAAGUACAUUGGAUGGGAUACCUAACAAUCAAGGUUUUCAAUAUAUGAUGAUGCAUGGCAUUUUGAUGAUAAUGGAAAUAUUCUAUACCAAAUAUUUGGAAUGAUCAUAGGCCAUUUCAACAUCAUUUGCAUAUUGAGUUCCCAAUUUCCUAUACAUUAUUUUCAUUACUGUAUAUUUAUCACCAUGAUCAG